AUGGCUGCACGUGUGCUAACCCAGGACGAUAUCCCGGGAGCUUCUCUCGCUGGAAGAGAGCCCCAGGCAUUAAAAUGCGAAGAACUUCGUUUUUGGCUGAGAUGUAGAGGCGAUUCUUUGAAGGGAUUGAAAACAAAGGCAGCGCUAGUGAAGAGGUAAGGCGCAAGAUCGCUUCGUGUUUCGCUAUGACUUGUCAAAAUAUUACACCUAUACAUGUGAAAAAUCGGAUUUUACGAACUAAAAGUAGUUUUCUUUUCGCUUUUAAAGGGUGGAAGAGUAUAUCAGAACUGGCCGAGACCAAAAUAUAGUUGAUCCUGAUCUUCACAAUGUGUAUACAAAGCGCAAAGAACACCGAACGGCGAGUGAAGACAACAUUUCAGCUGCUGUUAAUGCACCGCAACCAAACUACCCUUCGGAUGGCUGGUCUGGCGAUAUAAAACGAAUGCCUUUUUACACGCGUGCCGAGAUGAACAAUCAUAUCGCAAAGUCAGGGAAAAACAUUGAUUCAAGCAAAAGUCACUCAGUACCGACUAGUGUGCGAAAAGCUACAACGUUUUUGAACGACGAAUAUUUAAAGAACUUGUCAGCAGCAAGCGAUAAUACUUAUUUCUAUUUGCGCUGUCAGUGCUAUCACAGCUUUAGAAAAAAUGAUCCUCCCCACAACUUAAAAGUUGCAUUGUGCAUUUUUAGUGGAGAGGUCAAGAAUGCCUCUUGCUCUUGUGCUGGCCAGGUCAGGUUUUGCAACCAUAUUUUGGCUCUUUUGUUAAAAUUAUGCAAGUUUUCAUUGUAUGAGUGUAAAAGUGUGACUGAGCUUGAAAACGAAGACGAUAUGCAGCCAAAACGGAGCUGCGCAUCAACUCUGCAGCAGUGGCAUCGCAAGGGAAGAGGAGACUGUAUAAAUCCACAACCAGUGAUGGAAGUGUUGGUGACCAAAACACGCUUAGAGUUAGACAAACAAUCAUCAUCCAGAGACUCUGGUGUGAAAUGUCUUUUGUAUGAGGCCCGAAAUAGCCUUAAGGGUCAGCAGGCAUCUGAAACAAAAUUAUUGGAACGGUUAAGAGAGCUUAACCCUAAAAUGGCUUUAUCACAAAUUAUGACUGCAAGAACUGAGUCAACUACACUCGUCCCGACAAAAUUUGGAAAAAGUCCUCAAGGAUCCUUUGCCAGUUACCAACUAUCCGUUACUGAAGAUAACUUUAAAGUGUUUUGUGACAUUCAGACAAUCAUGUUCAUGAUUCUCAGUUAA